AGACUGUCCGAAACCGAACCCAACAUAAACCUUUCGCACACUCUCUCUCGUUUACGCUUUCCCUAGUUGAAAAGCUUCCGCCCUUCGCUCUGUGGCCCUUGAAGCUAAAUCUAGGGUUUUUCUCUCAAAUCGCAGACCUCGAUCGGCCCUUGCUCCGGUGAGCGGCACGUACCUCGAACCAAGCGGGUCGUCUCCUUUUGUUUCUUCUUCAACUGGGUUAUCUUUAUCUUUCUGAAUUUCAGGCUGCGAAUCGGAUUUGCUUUCCCGAAAAGCUGAUUGAAACGAAGGAUUAUCAAUUCAAAAGUUCUUCUGCAAAAUUCUUGGUGCUGCAUUCUUGGAGUCCAUAGCCCUUCAAAGAAGAAGAGAGUGGAGGUGUGGACAAGCACCAAUCGAAUUUGGUAGGGUUCUUGGAUUAUCCCGGUGCUAUCCUUCAGAGAUAUAAUCAGUUCUGAAGUAGAAGAAAGGAACAAUGGCGAUAGCGGCCCCUGGGCAGCUCAACCUCAACGAGGUCCCUUCAUGGGGUUCCAGAAGCGUCGACUGCUUCGAGAAACUGGAACAAAUUGGCGAGGGAACCUAUGGCCAAGUUUACAUGGCUAGAGAAAUAAAGACGGGAGAAAUUGUCGCUUUGAAGAAAAUUCGGAUGGACAAUGAGAGAGAGGGGUUCCCCAUAACUGCCAUACGGGAAAUUAAGAUUCUUAAGAAGCUUCACCAUGAUAAUGUCAUCAAUUUGAAAGAGAUCGUGACUUCCCCAGGUCCAGAGAAGGACGAGCAAGGUAGACCAGAUGGUAAUAAGUAUAAAGGUGGCAUCUAUAUGGUCUUUGAAUACAUGGACCAUGAUUUGACAGGUCUAGCUGAUCGACCUGGGAUGAGAUUUUCAGUCGCCCAGAUUAAGUGCUACAUGAAACAACUUUUGACCGGGCUUCACUAUUGUCAUGUGAAUCAAGUACUUCACCGAGAUAUUAAAGGCUCUAAUCUACUUAUAGACAAUGAAGGCAAUCUGAAGCUUGCAGAUUUUGGGCUUGCCCGUUCAUUUUCAAAUGAUCACAAUGCCAAUCUUACAAAUCGUGUUAUUACUCUUUGGUACAGACCUCCAGAGUUGCUUCUUGGAGCUACAAAGUAUGGUCCAGCUGUAGAUAUGUGGUCCGUUGGGUGUAUCUUUGCUGAGCUUCUACAUGGCAAGCCAAUUUUUCCCGGGAAAGAUGAGCCAGAGCAAUUAAAUAAGAUUUUUGAGCUGUGUGGAGCUCCAGAUGAGGUCAACUGGCCUGGAGUUUCGAAGAUUCCAUGGUAUAACAACUUCAAGCCCACAAGGCCACUGAAGAAACGUCUCAGGGAUGUUUUCAGACAUUUUGACCGUCAUGCUUUGGAGUUGUUGGAGAAAAUGCUGACACUUGAUCCUUCUCAGAGAAUAUCAGCUAAGGAUGCUCUUGAUGCCGAGUAUUUCUGGACUGAUCCAUUACCUUGUGAUCCUAAGAGUCUACCAAAAUAUGAAUCAUCACACGAGUUCCAGACAAAGAAAAAGCGCCAGCAGCAACGGCAACAUGAAGAGAAUGCAAAACGUCAGAAACUGCAGCACCCUCAGCAGCAUACCCGCCUCCCACCGAUUCAGCAAUCUGGCCAAGCACAUUCCCAAAUGCGGCCUGGACCUAACCAACCUAUCCAUGGUUCUCAGCCCCCGGUUGCUACAGGACCUAGCCACCAUUAUGGUAAGCCACGCGGGCCCUCCGGAGGGCCAAGCAGAUACCCACCUGGUGGGAACCCUGGCGGUGGAUACAACCAUCCAAGUCGGGGUGCUCAAGGUGGCGGAGGUGGGUACAGCAGUGGCCCAUAUCCUGCACAAGGGCGGGGAGCACCAUAUGGUUCUAGUGGCAUACCUGGUGCAGGUCCUCGGGGUGGAGGCAGUGGUUAUGGAGUUGGUGGCCCAAACUAUCCUCAGAAUGGUCCCUAUGGUGGCUCUGCAGCAGGUCGGGGCUCAAACAUGAUGGGUGGAAACCGCAAUCAACAGUAUGGUUGGCAGCAGUAAAUAUGCACCUCCUUGGUACAAGAGAAGGGAUCCGAGCUCGACGGUUUAGCAAGUGUGAUUCGAAGGGUGGGAAGAGAAGCAUCAUUGAACCACUGCUAAAUAAUUUCUACGGGAUGUGAUUGAUUCGUAUGCAAAACAUUCUCAAACCAGCUUUACGUUCAAACAUGUACCCGUUAAUCCGUUACCUAGUUAGAAAAUAUGAAGAAAAGCGGGAAGAUGCCGAAUGAGUUGUGUUUGAGUUAUGCAUACCAUCCGAGGUUAGGUUGUACUUAGGCAGAGUCUGCAGGAGUGCUUGCUGUGUGGUUUAAAGUUUAAGCUUUUCAUACAGUUUUGGCUCUAAUUUAAUCUGGAAGCUGUGACCAUGUACGAUACUUUUGAAUUUUCGGACAAAAUUAUGAGACAAUUUAUUGCAAAGACAUACAAAUAAUAGUAUCGUUUAAUAAUUUAGUCC